CGCCGCUUUCCUCCCGCCCCUCUCUGGAGUGAGGCGAGAGCCCCGCACAGAGCGAGCGAGACAGCGAGCAGAGCUCCGGGCGCUACCGCCACCGCAGCGGAGAGAGCGUGAGAGCGAGGGAGCAUCUGAGAGACCCAGCCUCCGCGCACUGGCCACGGCCGAGACCUUCGUCCUGACCUGGACCGGCGGGAGUCGCGGCCACCCCUCUUUUCCCCCCCUCACCUUCCCGGCCGGCAGCGGCGGCUGCACACGCCGGAGCCCGAGCCGGAGCCGGCGGCUGGGGGGGCUGGGAGGCGGCCACCUCAGGCCGGGACUAGUCAGCUACUCCGCGGUGAGAAGACGCUGAGGAGGGGGUCGGAGCUUCUGUCUCGUCCCGGGGCGCGGGGCGAGGGACCCCCAACGUGUAGGGAGGGGGUCCCAGCCGCAGCGACACAUGCGGGAGCCGGGAGCGGGGGCGGCGCCGAGCGGAGCCGGCCGGGUCCCCCACCUCGCCGCCGCCUCGGCCACCCGCCCGGGGCCAUAGCAUCUUGCCCCCAGAGUGUAUGAACCCGGGACCCACGCUCAGCAACCACCCCCCGGCCGGGGGGGCGGGGACCCCAAUGUGAAGCGGCGGCCCCGGCGGCGGGGAGAGCAGGACCGGCGCCACCGUCCUUUCCUUACCUUCCCCCUCUCCUCAGCCCCCUCGCGAGGGGGGGGGGUCUUUUCCCUCGGCCUGUCGCCGGCCCCCCGGCUCCUCGGCAGGACUCCGGGAGGAGUUCUUAGAGCCCCCUCCCCCGCCCCAGCCCCGAGGGCGGCGGGGCCGGGGGGGACCCGGGGGGCCGGCCGCAGCCUCAGCCCAGAGGAAAACUUUAUAAAAGCAAAAUCUGGAGCCUCCCAAACGUGACUGUCCCGGGAGAAGUGGCCCAGGACGGGCAGCGGACACAGCCUGAAGGGACCCAGGAAGAGGAAAAGCGGAGGUAAGCGGGGCCGCUGCCGCCUCCUCUGCUCCGGCAGCGCGGAAGAGACCCGGGUGACCGCCUGGCUUAGAGACACAAGCACCGCUUCUUCCUCAGUAACGCGCCGAGCCUUCCGCAGCUGCCGCUUCAGAGCGAACGAGGAAGGGAACCAGCCCACUUUCUCAGCGCCACGGCUCUUCCCUAAAGUGGAAUCUCAACCAGCAGAGGGAUUUUUAACAGGCUACCUAAGUAUUUGGAUUACUUCCUUAGGAUAGAUUGCCAGAAGUGGAGUUACUGGGUCAGAGGAAUGUGAAAUCCUUUGCAUCUUCUGAUAGUCUAGCCAAGGUCCAAGAAGUAGCAAGCUGGCUUUUGGAAAUGAAUCAGGAACUGCUCUCUGUGGGCAGCAAAAGACGACGAACUGGAGGCUCUCUGAGAGGUAACCCUUCCUCAAGCCAGGCAGAUGAGGAGCAGAUGAACCGCGUGGUAGAGGAGGAACAGCACCAGCAGCAGCAGCAGCAGCUCCGACAACAAGAGGAGGAGCACACCGCAAGGAAUGGUGAAGUCAUUCGAGCAGAACCUAGGCUUGGAGACCAGAACGACUCCCAGCAAGGACGGUUGGAAGAAAACAACAAUCGAUUCAUUUCGGUAGAUGAGGACUCCUCAGGAAAUCAGGAAGAACAAGAAGAAGAUGGAGACCAUGCUGGUGAGCAAGAUGAGGAGGAUGAAGAGGAAGAGGAAAUGGACCAGGAGAGUGAUGAUUUUGAUCAGUCUGAUGACAGUAGCAGGGAAGAUGAACAUACACAUAGUAACAGUGUCACAAACUCCACUAGUAUCGUGGACCUGCCUAUUCACCAACUCUCCUCCCCGUUCUAUACAAAGACAACAAAAAUGAAAAGAAAAUUGGACCAUGGUUCUGAGGUCCGCUCUUUUUCUUUGGGAAAGAAACCAUGCAAAGUCUCAGAAUAUACAAGUACCACUGGACUUGUACCAUGUUCAGCAACACCAACAACUUUUGGAGACCUGCGAGCAGCCAAUGGCCAAGGGCAACAACGACGUCGAAUUACAUCUGUCCAACCACCUACAGGCCUUCAGGAAUGGCUGAAAAUGUUUCAGAGCUGGAGUGGACCAGAGAAAUUGCUUGCUUUAGAUGAACUUAUUGAUAGUUGUGAACCAACACAAGUAAAACAUAUGAUGCAAGUGAUAGAACCCCAGUUUCAACGAGACUUCAUUUCCUUGCUCCCUAAAGAGCUGGCACUUUAUGUGCUUUCAUUCCUGGAACCCAAAGACCUGCUACAAGCGGCUCAGACUUGUCGCUACUGGAGAAUUUUGGCUGAAGACAACCUUCUCUGGAGAGAGAAAUGCAAAGAAGAGGGUAUUGAUGAACCAUUGCACAUCAAGAGAAGAAAAGUAAUAAAACCAGGUUUCAUACAUAGUCCAUGGAAAAGUGCAUAUAUCAGACAGCACAGAAUUGAUACUAACUGGAGGCGAGGAGAACUCAAAUCUCCUAAGGUUCUGAAAGGACAUGAUGAUCAUGUGAUCACAUGCUUGCAGUUCUGUGGUAACCGAAUAGUUAGUGGUUCUGAUGACAACACUUUAAAAGUUUGGUCAGCGGUCACAGGCAAAUGUCUGAGAACAUUAGUGGGACACACAGGUGGAGUAUGGUCAUCACAGAUGAGAGACAAUAUCAUCAUUAGUGGAUCUACAGAUCGGACUCUAAAAGUGUGGAAUGCAGAGACCGGAGAAUGUAUACACACCUUGUAUGGGCAUACUUCCACUGUCCGUUGUAUGCAUCUCCAUGAAAAAAGAGUUGUUAGUGGUUCUCGAGAUGCCACUCUUAGGGUUUGGGAUAUUGAGACAGGCCAGUGUUUACAUGUUUUGAUGGGUCAUGUAGCAGCAGUCCGCUGUGUUCAAUAUGAUGGCAGGAGGGUUGUUAGUGGAGCAUAUGAUUUUAUGGUGAAGGUGUGGGAUCCAGAGACUGAGACCUGUCUACACACGUUGCAGGGGCAUACUAAUAGAGUCUAUUCAUUACAGUUUGAUGGUAUCCAUGUGGUGAGUGGAUCUCUUGAUACAUCAAUUCGAGUUUGGGAUGUGGAGACGGGGAAUUGCAUUCACACGUUAACGGGACACCAAUCGUUAACAAGUGGAAUGGAACUCAAAGACAAUAUUCUUGUCUCUGGGAAUGCAGAUUCGACAGUUAAAAUCUGGGAUAUCAAAACAGGACAAUGUUUACAAACAUUGCAAGGUCCUAACAAGCAUCAGAGUGCUGUAACCUGUUUACAGUUCAACAAGAACUUUGUAAUUACCAGCUCAGAUGAUGGAACUGUAAAACUAUGGGACUUGAAAACGGGUGAAUUUAUUCGAAACCUAGUCACAUUGGAGAGUGGGGGGAGUGGGGGAGUUGUGUGGCGGAUCAGAGCCUCAAACACAAAGCUGGUGUGUGCAGUUGGGAGUCGGAAUGGGACUGAGGAAACCAAGCUGCUGGUGCUGGACUUUGAUGUGGACAUGAAGUGAAGAGCAGAAAAGACGAAUUUGUCCAAAUGUGUAGACGAUAUACUCCCUACCCUUCUCCAUGGAAAAAAAAAAA